ACCAGUCUUUUCUUCUCCCCCACACAACUCUCUCUCUUUGUCAUUUCCUAUGGCUGUUACUCGUACUCAACUGGACACUCUUCUGGACAAGAAAGUCCUGGAAACACUUAUCAACGAUCUCGAAGUUUCGAUAACUAAUUCCCAAAAUGUACAUGAUUUCACUACAAUUUCGAGGAGAGUAACUGAGUUGGUUACAGAAACAGAUGAAGCAAUAGAGGAUGUGCACUGGAAAAUAACAAAAGAGAGGAUGUUCCCAUCUCCUAAUAAUGGGAAUCUUCAUCAAGAUUUGAAGGAAAAAACGAUCUAUGCAGGAGAAGGGACGCCCUGGAUAAAACCAAAGUUGAAUCUAAUAAUCCAAUGUUGCGUUACUGAAAGGUUCUAGUUAGUGUGAUGGUUGGACUGAAUAUUAUAAGUGAAGAAACUGAUGGAGGUUCUGAUCAAAAAUUUCUAACGAGCUAUUGACCUCCAUGCAAAAGUUGACAAUUACAAGGUUUAUCAAG